UACGACCAGUGGAAGGCAAAACACUAGGAUAUUUUAAAAUACAUUUUUGAACAUUAGAUUUAUAUCUCACUGGUUUUCUUUGAUAAUGAUCAAAUAGUAAUCGCGAUCAAUCCCAGUUUGAAGAUGGCUGACGCUAAGUUGACUCCUCGUCGGGGUCAGCAUGGACACAGCAAGGGCAAGGGGACAGAUGACCCCGUCCGAUUUCUUCCUGUACUUCCGUCCAAACGGAUGAAGCCGACAUGGUCGACAAACCCACCUUCCUUCAUACUCACGGGUCAAGUGGAGGAGGAGGAAAAACCCAUUGAUUUGGUGGGGGAGCUGACCGCAAGAGAUUCAAGAAAGAGAAAACAGCCGACUCGGUUGAAGCCAAUUGAAACACAACAGAACCUGGACCAGUUUAAACAGCCCAAGAAAGACAGAGAAAACUUCCGAAAAGCUCUCGUAGAUAUUAUAAUGCAAGAAGAAAGUCUUCCAAAAAGUAGCAUGUCUGCGACGGGUGAAUUACCUGCCAUGUCCAGACCUGGGUCACCAACAGCUGCUGAGAAAGAUAUACUGAGAUACUACUAUUACAUUCACAAUGGAAUUGACACUGAGCAUGUUGCUCCUAUGGAGGAUUCUUGGCUGGAAAAUGUUCUUGGAAAAGUACCACGGACACUUAAGUCUGGUCACACAGCCACUAUUGAGAACCUGUCGGAUGAAAUGCGCGAGGACUACCUCUUGAGUGUGAAAAAGGCAAUCGUUGACUUUGUUCUCAAAGAUCCGAGGGAGAAAGAUGAUGACAAGAAAGAAAAGCUUCCUCCUCACAGAGAAGAGCUCGAGAUUGUGCCGAAGCCGUGGCACAAGUCGUUUGUUACGGCGCUCGAACUGAUUGCGCAGAACCUGCACGUGACCAAUCCAUGCAUGUUACAGGUCCUUGAUCUGUGGCAUGUGUCGUACGGACAGCUGAGAAUGAUUGAUAUCGAAGAAUUCCACCACAAAACCGAUUCCAUGGAGCUUGGAGCUUUCCAGAAUCUCUGCAUGAAACACAUUGAUGCUGCCAAAAGGAGCUUGCUGCACAAAUGGUUUCCCGAAGUACAGAACAUCUUCUACCAAGGCAACAAGCGGAAGCAGGUUCCGAGCAACCAGGACCAGGAGAAGCUGGAGGCGUUCUUCAACUGUGCUGCGACUCUGAUGACCGAAAACCUUCAGAACCUCACCCUCAACUCCAUCUCAGACUACACAGACUUGCUCUGUCAACCAGUGACAUCGACUCGUGCCUACGAGCAUUCUGGAUUCAUUCUCCGGCUGAUCAUUGAUGACAACCAGAUAAAGUUUGAACCGACUUUCAAAGACUUUGAAAUUGUUCUCGUCAACGUGUAUGAUGUCAUCAUAAAGGCCUCCUGUGCUGUGCCGCGUGUCGAGACCAAACUCUACUUGGACUGGAACGGCAACAAAAACAAAGCGUUCCUGAAGCCGACCAUACUGGAGGAUAUUCUGGAGGAGAACCGCGAGAAGGUGCGAGAACUUGUCAACAUGGAGAGUUUGAAACCCGUCGAGUGGACCAAGUUGUAUGAGAAGUACAACUUCCUCGUCACCAAACAGGCUGAGGCUGACAUAGAUCAGUUCAUGAGCGAGGAACACACGUUUGACGACUACUGCAAGGAGGUGGCCAAGUACCACAACCUGACCGAGGAGAUCACGUACAACAUGCAGAAGGUUGUGCGACUGGGCAUGUUUGAGCUGCACUGUGAUGAGUUGAUUCGCUCUCUGGCCAAGCGAGCUGACAACAUCCGCGGCAAGUUGCUCAUCCGCAUGUGUAAAGACCACCAGGAAGAAAACAAGAAGCUGUGUGACGACUACGAAGAAAUUGCCGAGAAGGCUUUGACGACUCCGUCAAACACGGAGGAGCUGAUGGAGCUGAAAGCGUACAUCGAGAAGGUCCAGUCCGACACGAUCUUCGUCAUGGAGAAGCGGCUGAUGGCCUCCAAGGACCGGCUGGCCUUCCUCUCGGACUACGCCCAGUUCAACCCGGCCGAGAUCCGGCUGAAUGCGCAGGUCUUCACGUGGCACACGCGCAUGCCUGCCGUCUUUGAGGAGCACGUGCUCAUAGUGUCCGAGAAGACAAACCAGUACGAGGAGGCCCUAAAGCUGCGACGCGAGCGGUUCAUCGAGGAGUUGGAGAACUAUGCGAAACAGGUGGAGGAGUUCCAGCAGUUUGGAGACAUGAGUGAGAUUCAGAGAUACCUGCGCAAGGCUCAGGCUCUCGACACCAAACUACAGGCAGCUGCUGACAAGAUUGAAGCAUUCAACAAUGAGGAGGAAGCGUUUGGCUGGCAGACGACAACCUAUCCACAGCGAAUCCAGGUCCUGAGCACUCUGAAACCUUACCACACACUGUACGAAACCACUGUGGACUUCAACAACAAAUACAAGGAUUGGAUGAACGGCCCCAUGUCUGCCGUCGACCCCGAUGCCGUGGACGUGGAGGUUGGAAACAUAUGGCGUGGCUUGUACAAGCUGGAAAAAGCGUUUGAUUCGGUUCCGUCUGCGAAAAAGAUUGCUUCUAAGGUUAAAGCAAAAGUGGAGGAGUUUAAGGAACAUAUGCCGCUGGUUCACACGCUUUUUAACCCCGGCCUGCGCGAACGCCACUGGGAGCAUAUCUCCGACAUCGUGGGCUUCCCCAUCAAACCGGACGAGUCUUCGUGCCUGUCGAAGUUCGUUGAGCUCAACCUCGACCCCUACAUCCCCAAGUUUGAGUCGAUCUCUGAAGCCGCUAGCAAGGAGUACGCACUUGAGAAAGCCUUAGAGGGCAUGAAGUCAGAGUGGGCCCCGAUUGAGUUUACGAUCAUCCCGUACCGAGAGACGGGAACUCAGAUUCUGUCGUCGAUCGACGACAUUCAACAGCUGCUUGACGACCACAUCGUCAAGACUCAGACAAUGAGAGGGUCUCCGUUCAUCAAGCCGUUUGAGGCAGACAUCAAGGAGUGGGAGGGGAAACUAAUGCUGCUGCAGGACAUUCUCGACGAGUGGCUCAAGGUGCAAGCCACCUGGCUGUACCUGGAGCCCAUCUUCAGUUCGCCCGACAUCAUGGCGCAGAUGCCAGAGGAAGGCCGCCGGUUCACAACAGUCGACAAGAACUGGCGCGACAUCAUGAAGUCGGCUGUCGUAGACAAACACGUGCUCGCCGUGUUGGAUAUCGACAAGAUUCUGGAGAGGUUGAAGAAAUCGAAUGAGCUCUUGGAACUCAUUCAGAAGGGUCUGAAUGAGUACCUUGAGAAGAAAAGACUGUAUUUCCCCAGAUUUUUCUUCCUUUCUAACGAUGAAUUGCUGGAAAUUUUGUCUGAAACUAAAGAUCCAACUCGUGUUCAGCCUCAUCUGAAGAAAUGUUUUGAGGGUAUCGCCAUGCUUGAGUUCACAGACGUCCUAGACAUCACUCACAUGAAGAGCAGUGAGGGGGAGGUCGUGGAACUGACCGAUGUCAUAUCAACCUCCAAGGCCAGAGGUCAGGUCGAGAAGUGGCUGCUCGAACUCGAGACUGGCAUGUUGAAAUCUCUGAGAAAGGUUAUCGGUGUGGCGAUGGUGUCGUACAAGAAUGAACCGCGUAUCGAGUGGGUGCGCAAGUGGCCCGGUCAGGCGGUGCUGUGCGUCUCCCAGGAGAUCUGGACUGCCCUGAUGCACAAGGCGAUCGCGGACGGCCAGUCGGCCCUGGAGGAGUUCCUGCAGGUGAACAACCAGCAGAUAGACGACAUUGUGGAGCUGGUGCGUGGCAAGCUGUCGAAGCAGCACCGCGUCACACUGCAGGCGCUCAUCGUCAUGGACGUGCACGCGCGUGACGUCCUCGCACACCUCGUCGCCACCGGGGUCCGUGACGAACUCGACUUCAAGUGGCUCAGUCAGCUCAGAUACUACUGGGAGGAGGAAACCAUGGUGACGAGAAUGAUCAACUCCAUGUUGAAAUACGGCUAUGAAUAUCUCGGCAACACAGGUCGUCUUGUGAUCACCCCACUCACAGACAGGUGUUAUAGAACUCUGUUUGGAGCCCUUCACCUUCAUCUGGGCGGUGCCCCAGAAGGCCCUGCUGGAACUGGCAAGACUGAAACCACCAAAGAUUUGGCCAAGGCUGUUGCUAAGCAGUGCGUCGUCUUCAACUGUUCAGAUGGCUUGGAUUACAUCGCCUUGGGAAAAUUCUUCAAGGGCUUGGCGUCGUGUGGAGCGUGGUCUUGUUUCGACGAGUUCAACCGGAUUGACCUGGAGGUGUUGUCUGUGGUUGCCCAGCAGAUCCUGACCAUCCAGAGAGGUAUCAACUCUGGCUCAGACACACUGAUGUUUGAAGGAACGGAGAUAAGACUCGACCCGACCUGUUCCGUGUUCAUCACCAUGAAUCCGGGUUAUGCUGGCAGAUCAGAUUUGCCUGACAACUUAAAGGCUCUGUUCAGAACAGUAGCCAUGAUGGUUCCAGACUACGCCAUGAUUGCGGAGAUCUCGCUGUACUCGUGUGGGUUCGUUCAAGCGCGACCGCUAUCCGUGAAGAUCGUGGCUGUGUACAGACUGUGUUCGGAGCAGCUGUCGUCACAGCAUCACUACGACUACGGCAUGCGAGCCGUCAAGUCGGUACUCACUGCUGCCGGAAAUCUCAAGCUAAAGUAUCCCGAAGAAGAUGAAAACAUCCUGAUGCUGCGUUCGAUCAUCGACGUCAACCUGCCCAAGUUCUUGAACCACGAUCUGCCGCUGUUCCACGGCAUCACGUCGGACUUGUUCCCUGGCAUCACGCUGCCGACGCCUGACUACGAGGUGCUCAAUGAACACGCCAAGGAGUGCUGCAUCGAGAUGAACCUGCAGUGCACCAACUUCUUCCUGGAGAAAAUCCAACAGAUUUAUGAGAUGAUGAUCGUGCGUCACGGCUUCAUGAUAGUUGGGGAACCGCUAGGCGGGAAGACCAUGGCAUACAGGGUGUUGGCCAGCGCCCUCGGAAAGAUCCACGAAAAGGGUUUGUUGGAGGAAAACAAGGUACAGAUCACAGUGAUCAACCCGAAGGCCAUCACAAUGGGUCAGCUGUACGGUCAGUUUGACCCCGUCUCUCAUGAAUGGUCAGAUGGAAUUCUGGCCGUGUCCUACAGAGCUUUUGCAACAUCAACGACCCCCGACCGGAAGUGGCUGAUAUUUGAUGGGCCGGUGGACGCGAUCUGGAUCGAGAACAUGAACACUGUGCUGGACGACAACAAGAAACUCUGUCUGAUGAGCGGGGAGAUCAUCCAGCUGGCCGGCACCACCAACCUCAUAUUUGAACCCAUGGAUCUCGAGGUCGCCUCCCCUGCCACAGUAUCGCGGUGCGGCAUGAUCUACAUGGAGCCGUCAUCUCUCGGCUGGCGGCCCCUCGUCAUCAGCUGGUUGCACGAGAUGCCGGCAACGCUGACCGAAACUCACAAGAGCAUCAUCAACGAACUGUUUGAACGUUUUGUUGACCCAUGCCUCAUGCUCGUUAGGAAGGGAGGCAUAAAGGAGUUGUCGCCGACCAACGACUCUAAUCUUGUCAAGUCUCUGAUGAGUCUCAUGAACUGCCUGAUGGACGAAUUCCAGGACGAAGCCAAGAUCAUACAGAUGGAGGAAAGGGAGAUAAUCACGUGGCUCGAGUGCAUUUUCUUUUUUGCCUUGACGUGGUCAGUUGGAGCGAGUUCUGAUGAUACGGGUCGCAUAAAGUUUGACAAGCUUGUCCGAGAACUCAUUUCUGGAGGAAUGUCCGAGGAGACGCGACUUCAGCUGACCAUGAUAGAAUCAGUGGAGCCUCCAAUGAAGCCGUACCUAAAUCCAUUCCCAGCCAAGGGCAAAAUCUACGACUACAAGUUUCUCAAAGAGGGUUCGGGCAAGUGGGUUCAGUGGAGUGACGAGAUCAAAGACAGCGCGCCGAUCCCAAAGGACGCGACGUUCCACGAGAUCAUCGUGCCCACCAUUGACACUGUGCGCUACACCAGCCUCAUGAAGAUGCUCAUCAAACACAACUGUGCCUGUCUCUUCGUCGGACCCACUGGCACCGGCAAGAGUUGUUACGCUGUUGAUUUCUUGCUGAACAAGCUGGAGAAGGAUGUGUACAAACCAAACAUCAUCAACUUCUCGGCCCAGACGAGUGCCAACCAGACACAGAACAUGAUCAUGUCCAAGCUAGACCGACGAAGAAAAGGCGUGUAUGGACCUCCAUUGGGCAAGAAAGCUAUUAUAUUUGUUGAUGACUUGAACAUGCCCCUGCGAGAGGAGUACGGCGCUCAGCCCCCCAUUGAGCUGCUGCGACAGUGGCUCGACCACUGGACCUGGUACGACACAAAGGAGGUGAUUCCCAUCAAACUGGUCGACAUUCAGUUCAUGGGUGCCAUGGGGCCACCAGGUGGUGGACGUAACCCCGUCACCCCCCGCUUCCUGCGACAUCUCAACACUGUAACCAUCAACGAGUUUGACGAUGACACCAUGGUAACCAUUUACAGAAAGAUCAUGGAGUGGCACAUCUCGGCAAGGGGAUUCAGCAACGAGUUCAAGCCGUGCGUCGACCAGCUGGUGAGCGGGACGCUGCAGGUGUACAAAGAGGCGAUGAUCAACCUGCUGCCCACCCCGGCCAAGUCACACUACCUGUUCAACCUACGCGACUUCAGCCGCGUCAUCAUGGGCGUGCUGCUGUCCACCCCUGACACCAUGGAGGAGCCCGCAUCCAUGAAGAGACUCUGGGUGCAUGAGAUUUUCCGCGUGUACUACGACCGCUUGAUCGACGAGCAGGACCAUGCUUGGCUGUACAACUGCACUCGCGGCGUCGUCAAGCAACAGCUGCGCGAGGACUUCGACCAGCUGUUCAUCCACCUCGACUCUGACAGCGACGGCAAGGUCACCGAGGACGACAUCCGCAGUCUCAUCUACUGCGACUUCAACGACCCCAAGUCGUCCAACAAGGACUACGUCGAGAUCCGUGACCUGGAACAGCUGCGCCACGUCGUCGAGGGUUACCUAGAUGAGUUCAACAACCUCAGCAAGAAGCCCAUGAACCUCGUCUUGUUCAGAUUUGCCAUAGAGCAUGUGUCGCGUAUUGCCCGAAUCAUCAAACAGCCCAGAAGUCACGCCCUCCUUGUAGGAGUGGGCGGAUCAGGCCGUCAAUCAUUAACACGUCUCGCAGCCCACAUGGCAGAUUAUGAUCUCUUCCAGGUUGAGAUCUCAAAAAGCUACACAUCAGUGGAGUGGAGAGAGGAUUUGAAAAGAAUCCUAAGAAAGGCGACUGAAACGGACAAUCAUGCGAUCUUCCUCUUUUCUGACACUCAGAUUAAACAAGAAUCGUUUCUGGAGGACAUCAACAAUCUGUUGAAUGCCGGUGAGGUUCCGAACCUGUAUCCCCUCGAUGAGAAGCAGGAAAUCUGCGAGAAGAUGAGACAGAUUGAUAGGCAAAGAGACAAGACAAAACAGACGGACGGUUCCCCCGUUGCUCUGUUCAACUUGUUCAUCUCUCGUGUGAGAGAUCAGCUGCACGUCGUCCUGGCCAUGAGUCCUAUCGGCGAUGCUUUCCGCAACCGACUCCGAAAGUUUCCUUCUCUUGUAAACUGCUGCACCAUCGACUGGUUCCAGUCUUGGCCCGAGGAUGCUCUACAAGCCGUGGCCACUCGGUUUCUGGAGGAGACGGAGAUGGCGGAGGACGAGAGGGCGGGCUGCAUUGACAUGUGCAAGAAGUUCCACACGGGAACGCGCGACCUGUCCGAGCGGUUCCUCCUGGAGCUCGAGCGACACAACUACGUGACGCCCACCUCCUACCUGGAGCUGAUCAACACAUUCAAGACCCUGCUCUUCAAAAAACGAGGCGAGGUGUUGAAACAGAAGAGUCGGUACGAGAAGGGACUCGAGAAACUCGACUCGGCCUCGUCUCAGGUGGCCAUCAUGCAGAAAGAACUGACCGACCUCCAGCCACAGCUAGUCCAGGCCAAGAAAGAGGUGUCCGAGAUAAUGAUCAUCAUCGAGAAAGACUCCAUCGAAGUGGCCAAAGUCGAAAAGGUUGUCAAAGCUGAUGAGGCGGUGGCUAACGAACAAGCUAAGGCAGCCAAGGCCAUCAAAGAUGAGUGUGAUGCAGAUCUCGCCGAGGCCAUCCCAGCUCUCAACUCUGCCCUGUCCGCUCUCAACACCCUCACAAAUCAGGAUAUCACCAUUGUGAAGUCCAUGAAGAGUCCUCCGUAUGGCGUGCGUCUGGUCAUGGAGGCCGUGUGUGUCCUCAAGGGCGUGAAACCGGAGAGGAUACCGGACCCUGCUGGCACUGGCAAGAAGAUUGAGGACUUCUGGGGUCCUGCUAAGAAGAUGCUGGGUGAUAUGAAGUUCCUCGAAUCACUACACAAUUACGAUAAGGACAACAUUCCACCGCCUGCUAUCAAAACAAUCCGAGCGAAGUACAUUCCGAACCCGGACUUCGACCCGGACAAGAUCCGAGUGGCGUCCACGGCGUGUGAAGGUCUGUGUAAGUGGGUACGCGCCAUGGACGUAUAUGACAAGGUUGCUCGAGUGGUAGCUCCAAAGAAGGAGUCUCUGAAAAAGGCUGAGGGCGAACUGGCCGUUGCCAUGGCGUCGCUGGAAAAGAAGCGAGCAUCGCUGAGGGAGGUCCAGGAGAAGCUGCACAAGCUGGAGGAUACCCUGGAGAAUAACAAGCAGAAGAAGGCCGACCUCGAGAACCAGGUUGACCUCUGUACGAAGAAACUCGAACGAGCAGAGCAGCUCAUCAGCGGCCUGGGGGGAGAGCGCGACAGGUGGAGUCAGGCCGCUCGAGACCUCACCAAGAAGUACAUCAACCUGACUGGAGAUGUCCUUAUCUCCUCCGGCAUCGUUGCCUACCUCGGAGCUUUCACCUCCGCCUUCCGCCACGAGCAGACCCAGCAGUGGCUGGGCGACAUCAAGAAGGAGGGCAUCCCAUGCUCGGACGAGUUCUCACUCAUCCAGACCCUCGGCGAGCAGGUGAAGAUCCGUGCGUGGAACAUUGCCGGCCUCCCCACUGAUAACUUUUCUAUUGAGAAUGGAAUUGUCAUCAGCAACAGUAACCGUUGGCCACUGAUGAUCGACCCUCAGGGUCAGGCCAACAAGUGGGUGAAGAACAUGGAAAAGGCUAACAAUCUUCACAUGAUCAAACUGAGCGACGCCGACUUCGUGCGAACUCUCGAGAACUGUAUUCAGUUUGGCACACCGGUGUUACUGGAGAACAUCCAGGAGGAGGUGGACCCCAUCUUGGAGUCGUUGCUGCUGAAACAGACGUUCAAACAGGGUGGUAGCAUCUGCAUCAAGCUGGGAGACAGCACAAUAGAGUACUCCCAGGACUUCAAGUUCUACAUCACCACCAAGCUGAGGAACCCACAUUACCUCCCUGAAACAGCAGUCAAGGUGACGUUGCUGAACUUCAUGAUAACUCCUGAAGGUCUGGCCGAUCAGCUUCUGGGAAUCGUUGUGGCUAAAGAGCGACCAGAAUUGGAGGAAGAGAAGAAUUCACUCAUCCUACAGAGUGCAGAUAACAAAAGACAACUGCAGGAGAUUGAAGACAAAAUUCUCGAAGUGUUGUCCAGCUCUGAGGGAAACAUUCUUGAGGAUGAGACGGCCAUUAAAGUUCUGUCGUCCUCCAAGAAACUGGCCAAUGAGAUCUCUGAAAAACAGGCGAUUGCCGAAGAAACGGAGAAGAAGAUCGACGUGGCCAGGAUGGGCUACACGCCAAUCGCGACCCACAGCACGAUUCUGUUCUUCUCGAUCGCAGACUUGGCCAACAUCGAGCCCAUGUACCAGUACUCCCUCACCUGGUUCAUCAACCUCUUCAACCUCUCCAUCGAGAACGCCGAGAAAUCGGACGACCUCUCAAAGCGGCUUCAGAACCUGCACAACCACUUCACCUACUCCCUGUACUGCAACGUGUGCAGGUCGCUCUUCGAGAAGGAUAAACUGCUGUUCUCGUUCCUGCUGUGUGUGAACAUUCUCAAACACAAGAACGAAGUGGAUGACGAGGAGUGGAGGUUUCUUCUCACGGGCGGGGUCGGCCUCGACAACCCUCAUAGCAACCCGACCACCUGGCUGCCAGGCAUGUCCUGGGACGAGAUCUGUCGUCUCGACGAAAUGACACGCUUCGUCGGCAUCCGGAAGAAGUUUGUCAGUUACAAGGAUCAGUGGAGACUGGUCUAUGACAGUCAGGAGCCUCAGCAUGAGAGUCUGCCCGGUGAGUGGAACGACAGACUCGGCUCCUUCCAGAAGAUGUUGGUUCUACGAUGUCUCCGUCCCGACAAGAUCAUCCCGGCAGUCCAAAACUUCGUCACCCGCAAGAUUGGCAAGGAGUUCAUCGAGCCUCCACCGUUUGACCUGCCGAAAGCGUUUGGAGACAGCAACUGCUGUGCCCCUCUCCUCUUCAUCCUGUCCCCCGGGGCUGACCCCAUGGUGGCACUGCUCAAGUUCGCCGAUGAUCAGGGAUUUGGUGGUGGCAAGUUUGACUCCCUGUCACUGGGUCAAGGCCAGGGACCGAUAGCUUUACGAAUGUUCGAGAAAGGUGUCAAAGAAGGAACGUGGGUCCUCCUACAGAACUGUCAUCUCGCUGCCUCUUGGAUGUCGACGCUGGAGAAAAUAUGUGAGGAUCUUAACCCAGAACAAACACAUCCCGAUUUCCGUCUGUGGCUGACGAGUUACCCGUCGAAUACCUUCCCAGUGUCCAUUCUUCAAAAUGGUGUCAAGAUGACCAAUGAGCCGCCUAAGGGUCUUCGAUUCAACAUCAUCAAGUCAUACCUCAGUGACCCCAUAUCGGACCCAGAAUUCUUUGGCAGUGUCCAGAAUGUCCAUGCAUGGAAAAAACUUCUGUAUGGUCUCUGCUUCUUCCAUGCCUUGAUCCAAGAGCGGCGGAAGUUUGGACCAAUCGGGUGGAACAUUCCGUAUGAGUUCAACGAGACGGAUCUGCGUAUUAGUACCCGACAGCUCGCCAUGUUCCUCAAUGAUUACAAAACUGUCCAGUAUGAUGCCCUCCGCUACCUGACGGGGGAGUGUAACUAUGGAGGUCGAGUGACAGACGAUUGGGAUCGCCGCACACUGCUCACCAUUCUCAACAAGUUCUACUCCACACAGAUCAUCGACGACGAGGAGUACCGAUUCGACCCCAGUGGGCUGUAUUAUGCACCACCAACAGGGGAGCAUGAGUCGUACAUUGAUUAUACCGGCAAGCUACCAAUCAACCCGUCUCCCGAAGUGUUUGGCCUGCAUCCGAACGCGGACAUCACGAAAGACCAGAAAGAAACGACAUUGCUCUUCGAUAACAUCCUGCUCACACAGAAACGGGCGAGAGCAACAAAAGCUGGUGGAAAAUCGACCGACGACAUCGUUGAUGAAGUCGCUGCAGACAUCUUGUCGAAACUGCCGCCCAACUUUGACACGGACGCGGCACUGCGGAAAUACCCGACAUCGUACAAACAGAGCAUGAACACUGUGCUGGUGCAGGAGAUGGUGCGCUUCAACAACCUCCUGUCCGUCAUCCGCAGCAGUCUGGUCAACAUCCGCAAGGCCAUCAAGGGUCUCGUGGUGAUGUCCACCGAUCUUGAAGAGGUGACCAUGAGCAUCCUGAAGGGCAAGAUCCCGGGGAUGUGGAUGAAGAAGUCCUACCCAUCCCUGAAGUCUCUCGGCAGCUACGUGAACGACUUCAUGACCCGACUGAAGUUCCUGCAGGACUGGUACGACGUGGGCCCGCCACCGGUCUUCUGGGUGUCGGGCUUCUACUUCACACAGGCCUUCCUCACCGGGGCGCAGCAGAACUACGCCCGGAAAUACACCAUCCCCAUCGACUUGCUCGGUUACGAUUACGAGAUCCUCGAGGACAAGGAAUAUGACGAGCCACCCGACGAUGGAGUGUAUGUAAAAGGUUUGUACGUGGAUGGAGCGAGAUGGGACAGGAAAGCGAAGUUGCUGGCCGAGUCACUCCCUAAGGUUCUCUUCGACACCAUGCCAGUGAUGUGGCUGAAGCCGUGUAAGAAGUCUGACAUCCCCGACAACCCGGUGUACCGCUGUCCUGUGUACAAGACAAGUGAGAGACGCGGUGUGCUCUCCACCACAGGCCACUCCACCAACUUCGUCAUCGGCAUGAUGCUGCCAUCCGACAAGCCUGAAGAGCACUGGAUCAUGCGUGGCGUCGCGCUGCUCUGUCAGCUCGACAACUGAUGUGGCGCCACGGUAACCAGCCCUUUCAGACAUGAAAAAAACUAUUUCUGUUUUCUUCUUUUUCAAUUUAUUUUUUAAAUUUAUUUUAUUUAUUUAUUUUUAUUAUUAUUAUUUUAUUUUUUUACCUCUAAUUUUAUUAAGGAAUGGUAAUUGUUUUUUGGGGGAUUUUAUGGGUGGAAGGGCCAAAUUGUACGUUUUAAAAAUUUAAAUAGUGGGAUUUUUAAAUAUUGCCGUGUUUUGGGGGUUUUUUUAUAUUCAAAAAAUUAUUAUUAUUAUUAUUAUUUUAUUAAUGUAUAUUCAUAUUUUGUUUCCAUUCACAAUGAUCUCAGUUUUGAAAAAACAUAAUAAACAUUGUAAUAGGACCAAAUGAAAUUUGACCAACUUAUAUAACCAACAAAUAUAAUAUAUGGGUGGGUUUUUAUUUUUUUUUUUUUUUUUAUUAUUCGUUUUUUUUAAUUUAUUAUUUUUAAUUUAUUUUCUUUAAUUAUUAUUAUUAUUUUUAUUUUUAUUUAUUUAUUUAUUUAUUUUACUGAAAGGGCAAUCCAGUGGAUGUUCAGGCCUGUCUGAUAAUAACACCUGAAAUAUAUAAACAUUCAAACUCAGGUGUUUUGUCGUGAGACCAGCCAUGAAGGUCGCCUGCCUUGAACUUGGACCUAAGUGAAGUGUUUUAAUAUCUUGAGAACAUCAUCUGAAAAUCGUUUUGAUGACAACCUUGAACCAACUGAAAUGUGGAUUCUGUGUUUUAUUUAUCUCUACAGAUAUAUGUAUGUGUUGUGUACAUUUUAUUUUUCACUUCGGGAAUUUGUUGGGGGGUUUUUUCCCCCUCAAGCAGCCUUAAACUUUGACCUCUUUGAAGUGUGUUUUAAUCCUUAGGGGACUCCUUUAACAAAAAGAUGACUUAUAAUAUAUGUAUUUUAUUCACCUUUAAAGUGAAAUUUCAGUGAGAAUUUUGUUUUAUAUUACUGACAAUCUGAAGUAUUUUUUUAUAUAUAUAUAUAUAUUAAUAUACGAUACGUGUUUUGUGGAGUUGUGUGUAUUGUUUUCUUGAAGGAACCUUGGAGCGAGAACUUAUUUUGCAAGAACUGCAUACGUUCCACAAACUGACAACUUUGUGAUAUCACAACUGCUAUGCCGUGCUGCUUAUUCCGAUGUGUUUUUGUGCUUAGAUUAUUGUCCUCAUUAUAAUCCGUCCAUCCACGCAUCCGUCCAUCCAUCCAUCCAUACUGCUAGUUUUCCAAGCAUGUGUUCUGUGAUAGUGUGGUUGUUUUGUAUUUACACAAGUUUGAGCUAUGCAUAGCUUGAUUUUAUUCGCAUAUAUUGUCCACAUUUAUUGUUUGCCAAAAUAAUAUUUUAAACAAAUAGUAUUAAGAUUUUUUUUAUUUCUGUUUGUCAAAAUACAUGUGUAUUAAAUAUAUUUUAACAACUAAUUCUUCUUGAAAUAGUUUGGCUUUUUGGGUAGGAGGCUUUUGUUUUUGGGUCAAAAGUUCUUAUUAAGUGUAUUUUAAUAACUUCUUGAAAUAAGCAUUGUUUUUGUUAUUUUUAGGGGGGUGGGGUUUGAGUGGGUGUGGGGUGGUAUAGA